CUCGAGACCGCGCGGGGUGGGAUCCGCUGGGUGAGCAGCGCCGGCGGCGGCGGGAUGGAUCUUCGGUGGGCGGAGACAUCCAAAAUUGCAGGGAAGUACUGGGGAGAAAAGUGCCCCCGGAGGAGAGGAGUAAUUGCCCGCUAAUGACUGACAUCUCUAAGGCGAUGGCAUGGACCACAAUGAGAAAUACGGUUCGGUGGCCGAUUGCAAAGUAGCAAAGAGCAGGCGACUGACUGAGGGCUGCUGUGCGAAGAUGAAUCCCUGUGAAGAUGUAGAAAGGUCUAGUGGUAAAUCUCAGAACCCCAGGGGGAAUCAGCGUCAUGAAGGACCACAGGCCAGUGGUCCUGAGGCCCCCGGGAAUGAUGCUGCUGAGCUCUGGAGCCAGAAAUUCGAGAUGCGGAGCAAAUUCGUGCAGACCAGCAACAGUGAACAGCAAGAUCGAAACAGAGUUUCUGAAGAACUUAUAAUGGUUGUCCAAGAAAUGAAAAACUACUUCCCAUCGGAAAGACGUGGUAAACCAAGCGCUCUGGAUGCCCUUACCUACGCCCUUCGCUGUGUGCGCAGUGUACAAGUGGCCUCACAGUAUGAAUUGGCACCGGUGAAGUCCUUCUUCUGCAGGAUUGGUGGAGAUGAAGCCGGGGAGCCGCAGCGGCCUUACUGCCCAUUCCGGAUCACCCCCUACUUGAUUGAUGUGCAUAGCUCGGCCCUCGCGGAGGCUGAGCCCUGCUGUCUCUUGCUGGUGGAGAAGAUGCACUCGGGUUACCAACCUCCUCAAAUCCCAGCAGAUAAACGAAUUUUUACCACAACACAUACUCCUGGUUGUGUUUUUCUUGAAAUAGAUGGAAGGGCCUUGCCUUUCCUGGGUUACCUACCUCAGGACCUGAUCGGGACAUCCAUCCUAGCGUACCUGCACCCAGAAGAUCGCUCUCUGAUGCUUGCCGUGCACCAAAAAGUCUUGAAGUAUGCCGGCCAUCCUCCCUUUGAACACCUGCCCAUUAGAUUUUGGGGAUUACAUGGGGAUUACAUCAUACUGGACUCCAGUUGGUCCAGCUUCGUGAACCCAUGGAGCCGGAAGGUUUCUUUCAUCAUCGGUCACCAUAAAGUGCAAAAGAGUCCACUAAACAAGGAUGUUUUUGCCACCAGAGUAAAAAAGAUGAGCAGUGAUGACAAAGACAUCACAGAAUUACGAGAACAAAUUCAGAAACUUCUCUUACAGCCUAUUCACGGGAGCAUGUCCAGCGGCUACGGGAACCUGGGGAGCAGCAGGUCACAGGAGCCUCAGGUCAGCCUCGUGUCCUCCAGUGAGUCUAGCAGGCACAGCAUGGAUGAGGUGCCGAAGGCACCGUUGACUUUGCAGCAGGUCUGUGCCAGUGUGAACAAGAUCAAGAAUCUAGGUCAGCAGCUCCACAUCAAGUCGAGGGCCAAGUCAGCAAACAAGCCCGUGUUGGGAGCCCGCUCAGGACGGCCUGGGGAUGAGCAGAAGACCUGCUCUUCUUUCCAGACAGUGAAAAAUAAUAGCAUAUACACUGAGUCCUGUGAGGAUUUGAGAAAGGAUCAGCAUAGCCCAUCCUAUCAGCAGAUAAACUGUAUUGAUAGUGUUAUCAGGUACCUGAAGAGCUACCACAUCCCAGCUUUGAAGAGGAAGUGUAUCUCCUCUGGAAAUACAACUUCCUCAUCCUCAGAAGAGGACAGACAAAGCCACAGAGCGGAUGACGUCCAGGCACUGCAAGCUGUUUCCCAGAUCCCAGCUGUACCUGCAUCAGAAAUUCCCACUAAUGGACAGUCCACAGACGCUGAAGGAGGAGCUCCAUGGACCCUGAGCACAGCGACUCUCAGCCUGGACACAAGCCAGUGCAGCUCCAGCAGUGUCUUUGUCGACAUCCCACUACCAGACUCAGGAGGUUCUGCUUCCAGGCUGACAAGAUCAGCUGGUUGCAAGAAGGGGAAACACAAGCGUAAGAAGCGUCUUGUGUGGUUGGACGGCAGGAGCGCCAAAGAUCACUUCUGUCCCCACCAGGAUGGACAGCCCUGGUGCCCCUCCUCCGCCUCCUGUCCCCGUGCCUCUAGCCCCUUGCUCCCAGCUGCAGUGAUGGUUCCCAGCUCAGCCCCUUGCCUCGUCCCAGCUCCUCCCCUCCCAGCCACGACCUCCCUUGGCAGAGAACAUGAAGCCUCGGUAACUGUACUGCCAAGGCUGCCUGAGCCACCCUUGCCUAGCAGCCUGCAGUAUUUCCCAGCUCUGCCUUCUGCUCACUUUGACACUUUUAUGAACAUCUUCCUGCAUAACCCCUUUCUCUCUCCCCUCUCGUCAUCAUCAUUCUCCCCAUAUCCCUUCUUGGGAGCAGCACCCUCUUCGGAAAUACUCUCUUCGGUAUCAGCAGUGGCUCCAAACCCAGGCCCACCAUCUUCAACCAUCAACCCAAGGAGCAGAAAGGAGAAGUGGGAGACAUGGAAUGAAGGACGCCCCCUCAUUAACUCAGGGAGCAACUCCCUGCUCCAGCUUGACCUCCUGCAGGGGGACAGGCCCCAAUCCUGUGUAUCCCCAGAAACUGUGUGUCAGGGUGUCAGUGGCAGCGGUGGGACUAAGAUAGAUGGUUUUACUACCAAGAAACCGUCCAUAGCAUUACUGCAAUUGGCAUCUCCACCAGGAACGGGCUCUGCAGCAUCAGGAAGCGGUGACAGCUGUAUAAACUUUGUUUCUAGUGAUUAUUCUUCAGAAAUCUCUCAAAAUGGGCAGCAAUCUCAGGACGUACAGAAAAAAGAAACAUUUCCUAAGUUAGUUGAAGAGUCCAUCUGGAGAAUGAUAAAGCAGACACCUGACUGCAUUCUAAUGACGUAUCAGGUGCCUGAGAGGGUUAAAGAAAUUGUACUGAAAGAAGACCUAAAGAAGCUGGAAAGCAUGAGACGGCAGCAGCCACAGUUUUCUCUAGGGCAGAGGGAGGAGAUAGCCAACGUGCAUUCCUGGAUUCGGUGCCAGACGAUCCCUCAGGAAAUAGACACCCAGUUGGAAUGUUAUGGGCGAAUUAGGAAUAAAGACACCUGGUUUGAUCCGUGCUUGACUGGAGAGGAGGUCUCUCCAUCCCUGCCAGAGGUCUGAUGGCCACUGUCUUCUGUUUGCCCCUAAAUAAAGGAAAAUGCUUCUUCCUUUCAAGUUUUAUAGCUUUUCAUAAAAUGCAUCCUGAUUAUAAUCAGGAGAAUUGACCUUUCUAUCCACGAUGCUACUGGACCCUGACCUGAGACUGAAGCCCACAGCUUAGAUUUACUUUCUAAAGUAGAACACUUGGCCCUUGGUAUCUGCAGGGGUUGGUUCCAGGACACCCCACAGAUACUAAAAUCCGUGGACACUCAACUCCCUUCUAUAACAGGAAGGUUCGCCAGCCCUCUGUACCCGUGGGUUCUGCAUCCAGAGUUCUCUACCCUCCCCAGUUCUUCCCACCUCAAUCACAGCGGCUGACUGUAGUUUCCAGAAGGUACUUCUUUCUCCAACUGUCAGAAUCACUUUGAAACAAUGACUGUGACUUUUCUAGAAUUUUCUCACUUGAAGCUGCUCCAUGCCCAUAUUCCUGUCUUAGGCUUAGAGAACUCUCCUGUUCUGCUCCAUCUUGAUUGUUAAAUGAUCUCUGAAGCCCUCAUUGCUUUGGUCAAGUUGUGUGAUAUUUUUGUCCUUGGUGAAAAAUCAAAUUUUAAACAGUGAACCAGCCUGGAUAUUGUCAAGGAUAGAAUCAUUGCAGCCUUCUAUGCUGAUGACCAUUUAAACCUGUUUAAAUCAGAAAUGACACGGAGCAGUCAGAGAACCAUUCUGCAUCUCCAUAAGCACUUUUUAAACAUGAUCUUCCCUAGUACAAGCCCUCUUUUAGAUUUCUUUCUGGAUAUUUGUUUUAUUGACAGUUAACUAUUUCUUUGCCUUGCUAUACAUUUAGGCUCAACUUAAAAUUGGUGCUUGUUAUAAGCAGAUCUAUAAAACCAGUUAUAGUUUUGGUGUUUUGGUAAAUAGCUGAGCUGGUGUAUUUAGAAAUGACCAUGAUGCUUCUGCUUCUGGGGAUGAGCAAAGAAGGCUCCACAGUGCCAGCUUCUCCCCACCACCGGGGCUUCACCCAACUGUAAACCAUUGUUCAAGUUUAGUAACUUUUUGUAUUGAUGCCUAUAGAAAUCGGUAAUAAAAAUGUGUACUACAGGUUUCCAUGUUGACAUGAAUGUUACCAAAAGGCUGUGUUUUCUUAGAUAAGAGGUCAGAAUUUAUGAACAACAGAUGCUGUGUGAAUGGAAUCAUUUUACAAUUAAGUGCAACUUCAUCAUAACUCAAAAGGUAAAUUUAAUCCAAAUGGAAAUUUUGCAUCAGCCAAGUUUAUCUUUGUGUGGAUUUCCCUGUUUUUAAUGGUUAUUAAUAUUUUAAUAAGGUAUCUUUUUUAAGCAAAAACAAUGAACGGUGUACAUGUAAAACUUGAGAAAUUUUUUGCACUGCAUGAAUAAACCUUUGCCCCGAAUACAUAAAUCACUUAUAUCAUUGAGAAGUA